CACUUAGACUCCGGGGGUAAUUGAAAAGCUCGCAGUGACAAUCGUCUCUUCUUGGGGAUGCUGUGGGUAUGAGGAAUGUGACUUCCAUCACCUCCUGGAAGUGGGAUGUGUCCAUGGCUCUCCAGAUCAGAGUUGCUUCAAGCAAGAUCAUUCUGCAGAACCUUCUCCUGUGUGUCAUCCUGUUCUACACAGUGUACUACUUGUCUCUGAGCCUGUGCAGCCUGACACUCAAGGUAUAUGAGUUGGAUGUCCUGGCACCAUUUGAUUUCAAAACAAGUCCCUCAUGGCUGGACACAAAUUAUAAAGUUCUUUUGUUCUCAACAGAAGUCACCUACUUUUUUUGUGGGUUGCUUUUUGCUCUGAUCGUAGAAGAGUGGGUUUGGGAUUAUGCUGUUUCAGUCACCAUUCUUCAUGUUGUCAUCACUUGUACCGUCAUGCUGGAGUUUCCCUUGACAUCACACUGGUGGGCUGCUUUAGGAUCUGGCUUAAUAUCAAUGAUAUGUGGAGGCCAGACUUUAGCAUAUUGUCUGUUCAAGGACAACUUUAUCUACCCAGAUCUGGAUAACUUCUAACAGUACAGCUGGAUUAAUUUGCCUCAGAAUUUCUAUACUAUAACAUUUAUUGUGUCAGAGCUUAGUUUUGCUUUUUGUUCAUGUUCAAGUUUGAAGUUUUUCAGUACAUUUUAUAACUAUUAGAAGAAAAGAAGUUAACCAAGAGCAGAUCAACCCUAGGAAGAAUUCACAUAUGAAAUGUCGCAAAUUCAUAAAAUGCAGUGUUUCCCAGUAUAUCCUUUAGAAUAAUUGUUCUGAAUAAUGCUAUUAUUAUUGUACAAAGAGACACAGUUUCAUGUCUAAAUUUAUUUGUGGAAUCUUGGUUUUUAAGUAGAAUAGAACUUAUUUAUUUCAGGGCCUCUCAGAAUUUUUCAUGUUCUAUUGUGAGCAAAUCAUCUAUUUACCCUCUAAGAAAUGUCAUGUUGUAUCUCAGGGAACUUUCCAAAAUUUAUCUCGUAUUGAUCAGGUACUUGUUUAGGACAUUUAAGGAAUAAUUUACAUUAUGCACAAUUACUGCAAUAUAGUUGACCAGGUACACACUUUAUAUUGCAUGGAAAGUACAGAAGAAGCCAGAUUCAAACUGCUUCCAAUUUCUGCGAUCAGAGUUAGAUUGUAUUAUUGUCUCCACAGUGUGGGCUCUGGGUUGGAGGCUUUCAUAUGAAAUUGCUGCUUUUAAAAAAACAAUCUGUGCCUGUUUCUUUCAUUAAACUGGUCUACUAA